CCCACCCCCACCCCCCCCACCACCACCACCACAACACACCCCUUUGCCAUGUCGAUUACUCUGAAGCAAGUCUUCAACAAGGACAAGACUUUCCGGCCCAAACGCAAGUUUGAACCGGGCACACAGCGUUUCGAGCUGCACAAGAAGGCUCAGGCCUCACUCAACUCGGGGGUGGACAUCAAGGCGGCUGUUCAGCUGCCCCAUGGGGAGGACCUCAACGACUGGGUAGCUGUGCACGUGGUGGACUUCUUUAACCGCAUCAACCUGAUCUAUGGGACCAUCUGCGAGUUCUGCACAGAGAAGAGUUGCCCCAUCAUGUCAGGCGGGCCCAGGUAUGAGUACCGGUGGCAGGACGACCUGAAGUACAAGAAGCCCACUGCUCUGCCAGCCCCACAGUACAUGAAUCUCCUCAUGGACUGGAUUGAGGUGCAGAUCAACAAUGAGGAGAUCUUCCCCACUAGCAUAGGCAUUCCUUUUCCAAAGAAUUUCAUUCAGAUCUGCAAGAAGAUUGUGUGCCGACUUUUCCGGGUCUUCGUUCACGUCUACAUUCACCAUUUUGACCGCAUCAUCGUCAUGGGUGCAGAGGCACACGUCAACACCUGUUACAAGCACUUUUAUUACUUUGGGACAGAACUCAACCUUAUAGACCGCAAGGAGUUAGAACCCUUGAAAGAGAUGACAUUGAGGAUGUGUCACUGAAGACCUGCUUGAGAGAAUGAAAUUGAAACAUUCCACCUUUCUGCAGAGGUGAACCAACCUUCUGACAGAGAGAUCCCAAUACACUGUUCCAUCUACAACACCACCAGCAGAAGCAUUUAGAAACAGCAGCAGAAUUUAUUUAGUGCUUUAUGGCUACGCUUAAGAAAGAGAUACAUGGGUUUUGGUCUGCUUUAUUUAGUAGAGCAUGAGCUAUGCAGGUACCGCAAUGAAACAAAGUCUGUGUCUUACCUGUAUAUCAAACAUAUUUCAUAGUCUCUUACCUGUAAUCCUUGUCAUCUUUGGGACACGUGCCUUGCAAAUAACAGGAACAGCAAGUUUAGCUGUUUAUCUCCCAUUUAUAUUUGAAAUUGAUCUGGCUACAUGCAAGAUUAUGAAAUACAGUGUUAGUUAGGAAUGGAAAUCUAUCUUCCUAGAAGAACCUAGAUGGAAUUUUGACCCUUACUGUGUUUUCUGUGUUAUAGUUCUAAUACUGCCUCUUCUGAAAACAAAUUAUUUUAAGACAGACAGACUAUAUAAACCGAGCUUCACUUACUGACCCAACAUAGGAACUUGCAGAUUUAGCGCAGUUGUGCACUUUCAUUAUUUAAAAUAACAAAAGAUUAAAUAAAACAGAAACAAAAACCUAGCUCCCACUGGAUCACUAACUAAACUUUUCAAAAGCAAAACACUAAACUAACAAACUGGGCAGCUAAGCUGCUUACCAAUAAGAAAACAAUAAAAGGUUCACACAGUACCUUUUUCUCACUACACUUGUGCACACUCUCAAACAGGCUCUCCACACAAUAGCCCUAAACAGUCUGGCUGCUCUCUUUAAAUACCCUGCACCUGGCUCUCAUUUACAAUGAGAGCCAGGUGCAGGGGAAUAAUGA